UACAAUCCGAAUAAGUAGAAAAGGAUGGCACAUGCUUCUCAACUUUUGUUUCCAUACUGCUCUUACCUUUGCUGUUUUUGCUGGUGGAAUCAAUCGCAUUAAAUACCCAAUUAUAUGUCAAGCUGUUGGCAUAGUACUGCAUUAUUCUACACUGUCUACUAUGCUAUGGAUUGGAGUAACAGCAAGGAAUAUUUACAAGCAAGUCACAAAAAAAACUCAAUCGUGCCAAAAUGGUGACCAACCUUCUCAUCCAAAACAACCUCUGCUCAGAUUUUAUCUGAUUAGUGGUGGUGUUCCUUUCAUUAUAUGUGGGAUUACAGCAGCAACCAAUAUCAAUAAUUAUGGGAUUGAAGGCAGCGCACCAUAUUGUUGGAUGGCAUGGGAGCCUAGUCUUGGUGCUUUUUAUGGGCCAGUGGCAUUCAUUGUGCUAGUUACCUGUAUUUAUUUUCUCUGCACCUACAUUCAACUGAAGCGCCACCCUGAACGCAAAUACGAGUUAAAGGAAAGGACAGAAGAUCCGCAGAGAAUGCCAAGUACUGAAGUGGGCCAUGGUCACAUUACAGACGCUGCGUCUGUUCCCCAGGCAGCCUGCUCCAUGAUUUCUUCUUCUUUACUGGAAAAUGAGCAUUCAUUUAAGGCUCAGCUUCGAGCUGCAGCAUUCACUUUGUUCCUGUUUACUGCCACUUGGACCUUUGGAGCGCUUGCAGUAUCUCAAGGUCAUUUCUUGGAUAUGAUAUUUAGCUGUCUUUAUGGAGCCUUCUGUGUGACCUUGGGGCUUUUCAUCCUUAUCCAUCACUGUGCAAAGCGAGAUGAUGUGUGGCAUUGCUGGUGGUCCUGUUGUCCAUCUAGGAGAAACACUUAUUCUGUCCAAGUUAAUGUGCGCCCAAAGGUCAACGUCAAUGGGGACACUCAAGUUCAUGCACCUUGUCUUCAGGAAUCACCAUGUCCCAACAAAUCAGCUGUGUUUAAUCAUCCAGCUGCUAGCCACUGCAAACUCACUAACCUCCAAGCAGCUCAAAAUCACGUUAACUGCCUUUCUCCCGUGACACCGUGUUGUGCAAAAAUGCACUGUGACCAGCUACUUGAUGAUGAAGCUCAUAUUCAUGUCCACAACGAGGGAAGCUUCAGACCCAAUAUGCACAUUCAUAGAUGUCUGAAAAGCAGAACUAAGCCACGUUAUUUCAGUCGGCAUAGAUCAGCAGGUGAAAGAGAAUACGCCUACCAUAUUCCUUCGAGUAUUGAUGGCAGCAUCCACAGCUCACAUACAGACAGCCCCCACAGUACACAUGAUAGCCAGUCGGGUCACAGACGGGCCUGCUGCUCAAAAAGCGAUCCAUAUCCUACUGUCAACCAGCCCGAAAGUAGCGACGCAAGUACUGUCAUAUAUAGUUGUACUAAAAUGCCAGAAAGUGACACUGUGCACCAUCCAGCUCAUUUUGAAAUGCAUCCACGGACACAGUCAUUGCCGUUUAAUACAACAAAUCAUAAUGGAAUUCUCAAGGGAAACGUGCACGAAGCCAUGAUAUACAGCUCAGAUAGUACAGGAAAUAUCAAAACAGGCCCUUGGAAAAAUGAAACUACUGUGUAGUUCAUGGGCCAUCAUAAUGUCUUUUCUCCACCUAAACCAUCAUUAACUUUGCUUUUAUUCAAACCUAAAUAAGAUGACAUAGUCAUGUAGUUCAUCAGCAAAUUGUACAGCCUUUCCACCUUUAUUCCCGUUUUCGUAAUGAGAGUAUAAAAAAGAGAUUGUGAGUUUUAGAAGUGAAGUUAUUUUUAAAAGAAAGUUAUAAAAAUAUUCUGAAAGAUAAUUAGAAGAUAAAGUGUAGACAACUGAAUAAGAGAGGCAAUAUCCUUUUGUUGCACAGAACAUUUAUUUAGAAAUACAUUGUUGCCAUUCAUUAUUCUCACUUUUGUUCUGUAGUAAUUUCAGACAACUUUUAUAAGCAUAUCAGCAUCUUAAAUUUUACUUAUUUAUUUUUGUAGCAAAAUAUUAUUACUGUGCCAUGGAUUUUAAUCAGAAGUGACUAUGGUAGAAAUGAUAAACAGGAUUUUAUAAAAUUACAGCUUUUUAGAAGUACAAAAGUGAUACUGCCUCUAACGAUCUUCUGUAGCAUAUGGCCUGUAAAGUCGUGUAAUGUACAGUCUCUGUUAUGUCCUUUUUCUUGUUGGAGAGAAGUGCUAGGUAAUGUCUCUGUUACAUCUAUGGUGCUGUAUUGGUUGUAUUUUGCAUGACAUAUGUCAGGAUAUACCAUUUACUGUUUUAUAGUGUUACAUGUGUUUAAAAAAAGAACAAAAAAAAAAAAGUGUUGUACAAGGCUGUGAAAAACCCUAUUGAUAUUAAUCUAGAGCAUUAUAAAUCUACAGGAAAAAAAAAAACACUCUGCACUAGUUUAAGUGGCACAAUCCUUCGUAUAAGGUUAUAUGAUAGCUUUGAUAAGGGUCCACUCUAAUGUCUUUACAGAGCAUGCACUACUCAUAGUAUGUGACACUGUGCGGUGUAAUAGCAAUCGUCUCAACAAGUUUUACACUCCUUUGUAAAGUAUGCCUUUUGAACAAAUCUGUAAGCUGUUCCACAAUAACCUUUCCACAUCUGUUAAGGUAGAGCAGUUUUAUCAUUAACUCUUUGAGGACUACAGUUAUUUUCUUAAAAAUAGCUUAUUCUAAUUCAGAGACUGUAAAUAUGAUGUUGUCUAUUUAGUUACAUGCUCAAUGUAGUCCAGAGUUGCCAGGAAAGAGAAGGUUCAAUCAUAUGCCAAAACCACACCUUUUUAAUUUCACCUCUUCCUUUCUAAAAAUCUGUCUCCUCUCCUAGCAAACUUCAGAUUGUCUUCAUUCUUUAAUGCAAAUUUGACCUUCAGUGAACUUCUUUAUGUUCAUGAUUUCUGCUUAAUUGUAGGGCAUCCCAGGGUCACUAACAUUCUCUAUUAACAACGCUUAACAAGGCUUCCUAUGACAAGAAAUUUUUUUCAUGUUUCCAUGAACAUCUGGACACAAAGCAUCAACUCACAGUACAGAACUACAACAUAAUGAUCCUUAUAUGAAAUAAAAUGGCUUUUUUCAGAUAGGAAUGGUGCAGAAUAAUAAUGGACCCCACAAAGUGAAUAGGAGCAUAGAGCUGGGAGAGAAAUGUCUACAGUGGAAAGUGAGCAGCGCACCCAUAAAUAAGAGAAAAAGCACAAUUCUGCAUGGCCACAAGAGAAAGUUUUCUCUCAUGUCUCAGCACAGGCUUACAUAAUUGUUACAUUGCUGCAGAGAGGAAAUAGAAAAAAUCUCUAGAAAGGUCAUCAGUCUGUGAUUCUCUGUGCAUAUUUUGCAGAAAUCUUCAUGUACUUCCACCUAUUCGUUGGUUGUUUUUUUGUGGGUUUUUUUGUUUGUUUGUUUAAAUUUUGAGGAGUUUAUUAGUCUCUACCUUUUUUUUUUUUAGUAUGUAGGGAUGCAUUUCCUAAUAGUGUACAUAAAGAUGACAAUUAUAAUUGUUAGAAUGUUCUAAAAACAUGUAAGUCAGAUGAAUGUGUUCUGCAGUGUUGCAGGUGGGAAUUAGUACUCAAAGGGUUAAUGCUCAGUAUCUGAGUGCAAGAAAUCUUGUUUUUCUGUAUUUUUGUAAAUUUGAAAUAUAUAUUGUAAACUCCAGCAGUGCAAUGUAUCCAUCUCAGAUUGUGUAUUUUUAAAAGGUGAGCAAGAAGAAUGCACUAGGUGGUUGUCUAGUUUUAAGCCAAUAGACAAUAGUUUCAUGACUGCUUCUUUAGCUAAUACAAAACAAAACAACAAAAAAAAAGAAAUGCCUGAGCUUUAUUAUGUAUAUGCUGUAUAUGCUUGGACUGUCUCUAAACUAAAAUACAGUAUUUUUCUUUGUUUACAUAAUGAAAUAUUUUCUGUUCAGUAAUUAUUUUCUUUUCAUCUUACUUUUACUCAUUCCACAUAGACAGUGAGCCCUAAGCAAGCAUAGACAUAAUGUGAAAUACCACUUCUCUGUGUCUCAGCACUAUGUAUAUGUAUAUUCUGUACUAGCAAAAUCCUAGGGGGGCUGUAGACCAUUAUGCAAAAUGUUACACACGCGCACACACACACAGAGCCAAGUGACAUACUCACUCUGCAAGAACCCACUCAGUGAGCUCCUCUAUUCAGCUCGUGUUUUAAUCACCUCUGUUAUUUCAUCUGAGAGGCUUGUUCAGUCUUCAUAAUGGCUUACAAAAGAGUAAAUAGGUGCUGCUUUCCACAGAAUAUCUUGUGUGAUAAAACUCUCUGGAAUUCAAACGUAAAAUAUUAAAACACCUUUCUUAUGUGUUAAAAAAUUAAUUUAGUGACUAUUUCUGGGCUAAUUUGGAAGAAAUGUGUUAUGCAAUAAUCUGUUUGCAUAUUAUUUUUUCAGAAAAUAUACAGUAUAACUACAGAGUAGGAGAACAUGAUAUUAAAUAAAUAUAAAAAUGUUUUGUAACAUCAAAUUUGACCAAAAUGCUUUUUGUGCUUUUGACUUUUCUUUUCCUUACGAUAAAGGAGAUAAUUUCAAUGCUUUGGGAGUCUGGCUUUGUUUUAUUGUGCGUUUCUGGUCCAUUGCAGUCAGUGAGCCAUCACUACUUUACCUGAUUUUCUUUC